GCUCGAAUUGAAGCGUUGGUUGAGGAGAAGAACAGAUGGGACUGUAAAGCCUUCACCUUCCAACCAAGCGACCCGCCGGUGUGAACUAAACAAUGCCUUUGGAAACAGGGGGAUGACGGAAGCUUCUCGAGCAAGAGGUUGUUGGGAAAGUGAGCCAGUGACAACCAACACCCCACCUCCUAUUUAAACAACACCACCGAUUCCAUUCUCACCAUCCGGUGUUCUGAACGAGGGAGGGAGGGAGGGAUCAUGGGGGUGAAGGUAUACGGGCCGCCGAUGUCCACGUGCACGGCACGUGUGAUCUCGACGCUAGAGGAGAUGGGGGCCGAGUACGAGGUGGUGCCGAUCGACUUCGAGGCCGGUGAACAUAAGCAGCCCCCUCACCUCGCCCGAAACCCCUUUGGUCAGGUGCCGGCGUUCGAGGACGGCGAUCUCAUGCUCUUCGAAUCGCGAGCAAUUGCGAGGUACGUGGCACGCAAGUACAAGUCCUCUGGUCCUGACCUUUUGAGGGAGGGUAAUUUGCAGGAGUCAGCAAUGGUGGAUCUGUGGUUGGAAGUGGAGUCCCAACAAUACAACCCAGCCAUUGCUCCAAUUGUCUACCAGUGCCUUGUCAUCCCCAUGCGUGGAGGUGUCGCCGAUCAGAAGCUCAUCGAUGCGAAUGUGGAGAAGCUAGGAAAGGUGCUCGACGUGUACGAGGAUCACCUGUCGAAGACCAAAUACUUGGCAGGAGACUUCUUCAGCCUUGCUGAUCUCAGCCACUUGCCUUACACUCACUACUUCAUGGCCACCCCUUAUGCAUCACUCUUCGAAUCACGGCCUCAUGUUCAGGCCUGGUGGCAAGAUUUGUCAUCGAGGCCUGCUGUCAGGAAGACGGCCGCUGCAAUGCCGACGUCCAGGUGAAGAAGUUGAGUUGUCAUUGGAGAGGAAAGUAAUAUAAUUCUGUUCUUGAUUUAGUUUCUUUUGUGCUUGUGUGUGUUCAUGUGAAGGCUCUGUUCUUGCUUCUCAGUUCAUGUUGUGAGUCCUGGUUCUCCUGAAGAGAUUUGUUGUUUUUCAAAUAAUAUGUUGGAAAUCAAUCCUUUCUCAAUACAGUAUUCAAGUUGCCGAUCUUUGCAAA